GUGAACUAUGCGGGAUAUCUCUCAGUGACUGAACAGAAUUUUUGGCUUCACAGCGAUAAGAAGUUCGGCGCCUAUAAUCCCAAGUUUGACCGUGAACGGUGCUAUAUUAUCCUCCACCUGCACUGAGCUGUUUCGGAGUUGUGCUCUCGGCGUCUGUGGCUUAACUUUUAGGAGAACGCAAACACUUGGGAUAUUUGGGCAUUUUGGCACAGGACGGGACACCGUGUGCGCCAGGCACAGGAGUCAACAAGUGGCUCUCAUUUACGGGCAGGGGGAGAGGGAUUAUGUAAACUUAAAGUUGCUGAAUGGAAAGUUAGUUUUGACACAAACUUUUCUUUUGGUCGCGGGGUAUUUUAAGUAAACUUUUUUUUUUUUUAAAUUGAGCCACUGGAAGCUCAGAAGGGCAAUUAUUAUUUUCUUUCUUAAAGCGUGUAAGAGUUUGUUGACACCAUGUGUGGACCGGUGGUUUUCCAGAUGUGGAUGGUUUUAUUGUUGGGGACUGUGAUCGCUGUCGGGAGGGCUCAGGUCUCCACAGCCAGAGUGAUGAGGGGCAACAUCAGGAGAGACGACUUGUACCGCAAAGAGGAAAACAUCACGGUAACGCCAGUGAGUGGGGACAUCCACAGCCCACGCUACCCUAACGCUUACCCCCGCAACCUGCUGUUGUCAUGGAAACUGCUGUCACCGCCAGGGAGCCGCAUUCAUCUGGAGUUUGACGGACACUUCGGCCUGGAGGAGGCUGAGAAUGGAGUGUGCAGGUAUGACUUUGUUGAAGUGGAGGACCAAUCAGAGACCAGUACUAUAAUUUGGGGUCGCUGGUGUGGGCAGAAAGCUCCACCUAGUCUCAACUCCAAAACCAACACGCUCAGAGUCACCUUCAAGUCCGAUGAUUACUUUGUUGCAAAGCCGGGAUUCAAAGUCUACUACUCACUGCUGUAUGACUCUCCUCUACCUGCAGCCAACACCAACUGGGAAGCCGUCACUAUGCCCAUGUCGGACACUGGUGGAGGGCAGAUGCCAGUCGCGGUCACAGAGGUUCCUUUCUCACUAGAGGAUCUGGACUGGACUAUAGCUGCCUUUGACACUGUAGAGCAGCUUCUCAGAUCCCUGAACCCAGACACCUGGAAACAGGACCUGGACAGUAUCUACACUCAGACACACAUACACUAUAGAUCCAGGGCCUAUCAACUGGCUAGCAGACACAAUAAGGUUGAUCUGAACCGUCUCUAUGACGACGUCAAGCGGUACAGCUGCACCCCACGCAACUACUCCGUAAACCUGCGCGAGGAGCUGAGGGCCACCAACGCCGUCUUCUUCCCUCGAUGUCUGCUGGUCAAACGCUGCGGAGGCAACUGCGGCUGCGGAACUGAUAACUGGAACAACGGCUGCACCUGUCAGGCCUCCAAGACGGCGUCCAAACUACACGAGGUGCUCAAGUACUCCCCAGAGGUAACUCUGCAUCAACGGCGCCAACGGAGGCCGCGGUUGCGUUGGGUCAUAGAUGAGAUCUUCCUCACACACCAUGAAACGUGUGAGUGUGCGUGUCCCUCCCAGCCCCCUCGCUGAGACACUCGAGACUCGGGCACAUGCACCUGGAACUGUUGGACAAGUUCUUCUUUUAUCUAUUUUGCAAUAGACUUCAUAUAAUAAACAGCAACGCAGACACAUGCAGCAAAGAAGACAGCAACAACCUGACUGGCAAACCGCAGCUCGUAUCAUACACGACAUUUGUUCUUGCACCUACUUUUCUCUGUACACAGGCCAAACUUGCGUAAAUGUUUCCAGCCAAACACAUUUGAUAUUCAGCUUUCCCCCAACCUGGAGUUUAAAUCUUGUUUAGAGCAAAUGUAAACAUCACUUGUGCACCAUGAAGUGAAACUGAAAUACUGAAAACCAUUUGAAAUACAAAAAAAUAAAAUAAACACAUAACAGCAAUAUUCUAUUAAAUUAAAGAUUAGAAAGAUAUAAAGAUUAAAAAUAAAGGAGGCCAGCUUGAUAGAACUGAAACGGAACUGACUCACACUGCUAUGUAAACAGCUUUUUAUUCCUAACUCACAUAUAUGUUUUUGCGUCUCUUCCUGUUAUAAUAAGGCUGUUUCUAGAAACUUCAGGCACUUCUUCUGCCAGGAGCAUGCUGAGAUGAGUGAGCGUGAGACAGAAGGAGGGGGGGAGAGGAGUUGGAGGAAGUGUAAACCAAAAUAACACUUUAUCAUAAUGUGAAAUUAGGCUAACCACAACCCUCCAGAUCUGAACUGCACACGAACACCCUCACACGCACACUCACUCUAGGCUUCCUUUCCUACUUAAAGAUAAAAACUGCAGUUAUUUAUGCUGAAUUCUUCGCUGCUCUAUUUUUCUGUGAGGGGCUCCUUCAGUUUUGCACACAUUCCUUACUGAAUAUAUCCACCCUUCCCUUCACCCUUCACCCUCCAUCCAUACGCUUCCCGCUCCCUUUCUUUCUCUCUCAGUGACUCCAUUUCUAACACAUCAAAGGGGACGUCAGAUCAGGCUGCUGCGCUCUGCCCGUUUUUCUGAACAUUCCUGGCAUUCCAACUGCUAACCGGAAUUCUGAUAGCGUAGAUCUUCAGACCCUGCGCUCAAAAACAGAGGAAAGACACUCAGGAAGGGAGACAGAGAGGAAGUUUUUCAGGAGUGGUGGCUGACAGAAAAGGGACAAUCAAGCCGCCUAUUUGUAGAUUACCAGCACUCCUGGAUGAGAGCUGAGAGAGGAACCACUUUACAAAUAUAUCACAGAAAAGAUUGCUCCUCCUUCAGUGGUUUCAAUCAGCAUGAGCAGCCUGUUUGGCGGACAGCUUUUUUUUUUUUUAUUUCUCAUGAAGAUGCUUGUACGUAUCACAAUCUGACUCUCUGCUCUGCACAUGUGCAGCAGCAUUAUAGUGACAAAAAAGAUCUGUGGGAAAUAGAGUAAUGCUCUUGGUCUCUACCGAAAAUACCACUGAUACUUGAGACUGUGUGUGUGUGUGUGUAUGUGUGUGUAUGUGUGUGUGUGUGUGUGCAUCAGUCUGCCUGUAACAGCUCAGGAAGAGGUCCCUUUGUUUUAAGGGGUGGAGGGUUACCAACAGUCUGUGAGAGCUGGCAGCAGAUAGAAGCAUGUGAAUGUUCGGCAUGUGACUGUGCGUGCGAGUGUGUAUAUGCCGUGUCUGUGUGUAGGUAGCCAGAGUAUCAAAGCAAUAGAGCAACAAUUCAAAGUAACUGCUUAUCAUUCCCAUGCACAUGACCCAGCUGUGAGAAAUAAGAGACAGUCUCAUCUGUCAUCUGUCCAUCGUCAGCUCACAUGUAUCCCACCAUCACACGCUUGCUUACAGGUUGGAUCCACACAGAGAAAAUGGGAUUUGACACACUACUUUUGUUCAAAAGACAGGCAACAAAAAAAAAGACUAACUGGACACCGAGUUGAUUUCCUCGGUCACAGUGAAACGCCAUCAGCUGUGUGCAGGUGCAUGCAUGUACUGUAAGUCACAGAUGAUAUUUGGUGGGAGUGGGGUAAAUAUUCCAAAAGUGUGUCAGGUUGUGCGGUAGGUGCAUUUCAAGUAAUUCACACACACACACACACACACACACACACACACACACACACACACACAUAUACAGUACUGUAUCCUGUUGUAUUUUCAGUAGCUAACAAGCCAGAUGGUGAUUAGGUAACGUGUCAUUUUCCAAGAUGCUUUGCUGUACAAAGUAUAGUUACUGUACCAACUGUACCAAAGAGCUUUUAUGAAAUCUGCUGCCAACAGGAGAAAAUUUGCAAAUGUAUAUAUUUUAAAUCUACGUGAGGUUUGUGUGUGCUUCCUGUGUCUGCCAGUUUGCCAGCAUUAUCAGCACAUUCCAUUGUUGCGAGCUCCAAAGUGACAUUCCUCUUUCUCCUCGUAACUGCUUAGUUUCCUCUUGCUGUUCUUUACAAUAGAACCAUUUGUAUUUCAUUGACAGACAUUUAAACCUGCUUGUGUAAUUGCUUGUUUUUUUUCCCCCUUUUUUUUGGUUUAUUCACAUCAGCUAAGAACAUCGUAAACGCACAUUAAACCAGAACAGAACAUUUCAGGUUAUCGAAUAAUUUGGUCCAGAGUUUCACCUCUAAGGAUGUACAUCGUCAAAUUUUCAAAGCUAAGAAAAGUUCUUGAUGUUAGUUUUAACAAAAAAGUCAACCUGCCUUUGCUGUAUUCAGAAAAAUAUUCAUGAUGAAACUGUAUGCUUUACCUAAAUAAUUUAUUGUCUCUUUCUCUAUUGUUUUAUAAAAAAAAAUAUCAGCUGGUUGGUUUUGAUAA